ACCAGCCCCGCCCGCUGCCCAGGAAGCUGUAGGUUGAUGCUAAUGCACUUGGCAAGAUUCAAGAGAGACACAGAAUUUACCAGCGGCCGCAUAACACGCCGUGGGAUGAACUUGUGUGUGGUUUGAGGGGAGGUGGGCGCCCGUUAUAUUCGCGGUACUCUUGCCCAAAGUGGAUUUUAAACCUGAACGAAAUCCUUGCACCAUGUUACUGGUCUCCCAGAGAGUUGAGGCGCCGCGUAUGGAGCAGCACAUCUCGCUGCAAGGAUCCAUAAAGAGGAAGUUGGAAAGCAAUGGUUCCCCUGCCAACCACGACAAGAUCAGUGAUCUCUCUGACACUGCCUUCUCGGGGGAGGUGAAGCGGAUUUGCUUGGAUGAUGUUAGUCUCUCGAUGGGUCAGAGCGAGGCGUCUAAUGUCCUCCGCGCCGACGUGCACAGUUCCUCGCUGCCGAUCGCCCACCGGAGCCAGGCCCUGCAGAACCCUGGCGCCAUGGGUUGUGUGACUCCGGCAGCCAACGCCGGCCUCCUAGGCGGUAACCAAGCCAACGGCAGCAACCUCGGCUCGCAGUUCGCCGUGACGUCCAACUCCGACAUGAAGCCCAACGUCGGGGACGGGCACAACAUGUUCUUUGACUCCAAGGCGGCCAGCAAUAUAACCAUGGAUCCCGACUUGGUGGACCUCCUGGAGGAGUUGACCAACAUACCCAACUCCCCGUUAAACGAGCUUGACAUCUUGAACCCCAGGAGCGACCCCCUGAACCUGGGCCUGGUGGGGUCAAACCAGAGCACCGCCCGGAAGUCAUCGCCGCAUACGGCCUCGCACUUGGACAACUCCAUACCCAGCCGGGAGUUUUCUCCCAACUACAACCAGGCUCCCGCGGGCUCCCCGCAGAGGAGGCCGCCCUCUGCCGGCACGGCCUACCCCCUGUCGGCUCCGCCCAACGCCAUGCCAUUGCCAAUGUCCUCGGCCUCUCAGAGCCAGGGUCCGGGCCAGAGCCAGACACCGCUGCUGACGGGAACCAAUGGCAACAGGGUCGGGGCCAACUGGCACGAGCUCUCGCAUGCCCAGCAGCUGAAGAAGAUCGCGGCGAGCCAACACCAGCGCGCCGUCUCGCAGCAGUCUCACCCGCAGCAGGGGCAGGGUGCAAGCUGGCCUUCGGUACCCUCCUCCGGGCCCUCUCCUCCAUACCAGGCCGACAAACUGCCCAGCCCCUCGCUCCACCAGCAACCCUUCAGCCCACCCAGCGGCAUCCUGCCCAGCCUCCCUCCCUCCAGUAACCCAGCCAGCACCAUGCAGAGCUACCUGUACAAUAAGGUGCCCUCCAACCAGCCUGCCCGCAUUGCCAUGUUGCAGCAGCAGCAGCAGCAGCAGCAGCAGCAGCAGCAACAGCAACAGCAGCAGCAGCAGCAGCAGCAGCAACAGCAGCAGCAGCAGCAACAGCAACAGCAGCAGCAGCAGCAGCAGCAACAGCAGCAGCAGCAGCAGAGCGGCCUGAGCCAGGGACAAGGGGCCGUGACCGAGAGCACCCUGUCCUCCGAGCAGCUCUCCUUCAGCAACACCAAGCCGCUCUCCCACUUCGACCCCGACCUGGCCCCGCACAAGAUGGCUUCCGUAGCCAGCGCUCAGAGCCAACCCGGCGUGGUGCAUUACAUGCACCAAGCUCCUGCAGCCGUGCAGCAGCCUCCGCAGCCCGGCUCCACCCAGCAGCUGCAGUUCCGCAACAAGUUCCGCAUGCAACAGCUGAGGCUGCAGGGCAGCGUGCCACAUUCACCGGAUCCUAACUCUAGUAAUAAUUACAUCAAAGCCACAUCACACGCCUUCCUGAAGCAGCAACUCCUGAAGAAGCAACAUAAUCUCCUCCAGCAACAACUCAUGGCUGACCAGGAAAAACAAAGACAACAUGAGCAAAUCAAUGGCCACAUGAUCCGGGUGUCCCCUGAGUACAAGGAGCAGAGGAGUGUGUUUGGAGUUCCGCAAUUAAAUCAUUUCCAAGCUGUGGUACAACCUUUGUCGACAAACUCUGUGCAGUCUUUGCCAACGCCACCUGCCCACUGCGGGAUGCGGCUGAACCCCGGCCUUUUACAAGUGAUACCCCAGAACAACCUUGGACCUGGGGUGGCGGCAGUGACCACCAGCCAGGCCGAGCGGACUAUGGGGAUGUAUCCGAAUAACGGCGGCAGUCAACAGAAUGUCUACAUCCCACCACCCGGCAUCAACAUGCCUCUGAGGCCAAGCCAGAGCGCUCUGGGAAUGCGCUCGGCCAGCCAGGCCGUGCCAAGCCAGGCAAUAAUCCGGCAAAGGACAGCAAUGCCAGGGUUCGCAGGCUCGGUACCAAACCCAGCCGUACCUCCCCAGCACGUCAGGCAAUCCAUCAACCAGGCAGGGGCCAGCAUGCCCGUCCAGGGAAUAUCAACCCCCUUGGGCACGUCCAGCAUGGCCCCUCAAAUGUGGGCGCAGCAGCGGAUUCAAGGAAUGCAGAAUCAGGCCAAAAUGGACGGUGGCAUGCAGCAGUUCUCGAAUAACGGCUUGUUCCCCAAGCAAGCCAUGCGGCCCAAUCUGCCCGUGCAUCCCUUUCCUCACCAGAGCAUGGCACCGCCAAACCAGAUAGCGCCGGGGGGGCAGAUGAAGCCGCUGCAGCAGCUGAACCCGGGGCAGGCUGGACAAAGCAUGGUCUCCAUGAGCGGCUCGUCACCCAGACACAGUCAACAGAGGUUACCGUCAGCGGCCAUGACCAGCAUGAAAGCCGUGCCACAGGGGAUCACCAGCCUGAGCCAGCCUCACCCGCUGCCCGGUCUCACUGCCGCCAGCUACGUGUCCAGUGCCCAGUCACCGGCCUCCUACAGCCGCAUGAACCCCGCCACCGACGUGUCCACCUUUGACUUUCUCCAACACAACAACGGCAAUGCCUUGGCGGCAGCGCGUAACGAGUCUGACUUCAUAGAAUCCAUCAUGAAGGGCGGCAGCAGUAACGACGACUGGAUUAAUGACUUAACGCUCGAUGACUUUCUGGGGCAGCAUUCCUAAAGCCUGCCUGGUCGGUGUGAUUUAUCUGACCUCCAGGCCCUUGUACAUAGUGAGUGCCCAUCUACACAUCGUGGCAGUGGACUGAAGAUUAAUGAGCAUGUGUGUAGGUGUGGUGACUGCAACCUUCCAGUUACUAGCAAGUACACAUCGCUGGGUGUACCCAGUGUACUGACUGCAACACUGAGUUUUAAAGUGGCAAUACAUAAAUUAAUGUAUUUCUUCAAAAUAUUCUGUAAAUUAUGUUUUCCUAAUAAAUAUUGUAUGUCAGGAAGGAGUAAUUAUACUUGGUUGGUUCAUUUGUCAAUAAAAUACAGUAUAGGCGAAAUCAUUGUUUUUUAUAUUAGCAAAUUUGUUUAUUUUUAUUUGGUAUAAAAAAAUGCAGACUACAUUGUUCAAUUAGUAAUACUAUGUAUUACAAUGUUAAAAUACAGGUUGUGUUAUCGACAUGACUUAGACAGUGCAGUCUUGUGUUGAACAGGUGACUUAUCCCCGAGUUCAAGAAUCUUCAUUAACCAUCAGUUCCAUUUUGAUUUCAGCAAGUUACCGCGGCGAGCAAACUGAUGGAAUGGCUGUCAAUAUGAAAUUGCUUUCUUUGUAACCUGUCAGCUCGUGUUGAUGGUCUGUACAUUUUGUAUGUGCAUUCUACCAAGAUGUUAUGAAUUUCAUAAUGUUUUUUUUUUUUUUGGCUGAAAUAUUUUCGUGAUCUCAUGUUUUAUUCGUUAUAUGUAUUUUCUUUCCUGCCUUGAAUGUGUUUCUUUUAUUUUUAAUUUAAUACCAUCUUGGAGCACAAAUAGUAUGACAAGUUUUUGCUUCAUUAUCAUAAUAAACUUGCCUUGUGCCAAGACUG